AUGGCUUCGCAGGGUGCCCUCCCUGCGGACGACCAGCGUGGGCCACCUGAGCAGGGGCCUGAGGGCGGCCAGCCUGGGCCAGCAGUGCCCGCCGCGGACGGUGAGCCUCAGCCAGCAGUGCCUGCACCUAGGCGCCUGACCCCUCACCGCCGUGCGCUCGACAAGGCUUUGCUCUACGCGAAGAUCUCCCAGCGUACGAAGUUCUGGCUCCAGGGAGCUUGCCCCGAGGCGGAGAUGGGAGAGGUUUCGUACAACGACGUCGCCCGCGUCAUCCACGUGCUGCAGGCUGUGAUUCAGGACGAGGUGAAGCUCAGGGGCGUCUGCAUCAUCCCUGGCUUCUUGAAGGUGGUUGGCAAGAAGGUCAAGAAGCAGCCGCCAAAGGUGAUCAAGGUCCGCGGCAAAGAGUACACCAUCCCUGAGAUGCCUGCGCACCUUCUGCUCCAGGCCACCAUCGCUAAGGACAUGAAGAGGAUCGACGACCCCGAGCAGGCGGACCCUCCCGAGGCCGACGGCUCGUCGUCCCCGAGCAUCAUGGGGUCGUCGUCCGACGCCGUCGAGGACGGCCAGCAGCAGGAUGCGCCAGCGGAGUGA